CGGGAGUGUUGGGCUGUAUGUGGUGGGUGUAUAUGCGGUGGGCGUGUUUCGAUGGCUGAAUCAUCGACAGUUUGUAAUGUCGAUCCGCUUCUGCGUGGAACGGCCGCAGUUUCAUCCAUCGAAUUUGCGCUUUGGAGACAUGCGUAGGCUAUGUACACAAACAGAUUUCCCAAAAAAAAAAGUGGAUGUCACAGGUUGGAACAGCAGCAGCAUGGCCGGCGUCAAGCAUGCAUUGACUCCACAAGCAUGGGCUGCUGUGGUGGCGCGUAUUUCGCUGCAAAGGAGAGAGCGCAUGUCCAUGUUCUCUUUCCGGGCGAAUCUCGGUCAGGGAUGCUGGUUAUCGGCUCUUCAUUACCCUGCGGGAUCGGGGGAGUGGAAAAGGAAAUAUGGCCCGGAAAUCGCUCCGCUCAUCUGUCCGGAAUCCAUAUUCGCCGGCGGAGGAUACCUGGCUGGUUCAGCCGAGGCAGUCAAUUUGCCGCCGGCCAGAUGGCGCGAUGCUAACCGAGCUCCACGCCUCCCCAACAGAAGCACCCUACUAUUGAAAGAUAGCCCCUUUAUGAUGCACGGCUCCGGCCAGCCCAGGUGGCAGUGGGGCACCAGCGGUGGCCAAUUGGGGACUGCACCGAUGUGCACAUAGUUGCACUCCUCGUCAUUAAUGGAGGGACGAAGCUCAUGCAAUCAUGCAUAUGCCCUUCUCUCGUUCCGGCGGCAAUCCUCCUACUCUUUGAUUCCGCAACAUACUCAAGCG